AUGCUGCUGGUGCUGUCGGAGGAGCAGCGCGCGCACCUGGGCUGCCUGCCCAGCCUGGGCGCCGCAGGCGCGGGCGAGCUGGGGCGGCUGGCGCUGGAGCUGCUGCGGCACGGCGGCGCCCCGCGCGCCGUGGAGACCGCUGCCAGGAGCCUGUCGGUGGACGCCGAGGCGCUGCAGCGCGGCCUGGACGGGCUCAGCUUCCUCCUGGCCGAGAGCUCCAAGCUCAUGAUCUCCGAGACAGACUUCCAGGAUUCUGUCCAUGUUCUGGGAUUCUCGGAUGAACUGAACAAACUACUGCUUCAGCUUUACCUUGACAACAGGAAGGAGAUCAGAGGUGUUCUUAGUGAGCUGGCACCAAGGCUUCCCAGUUACCACAAUCUUGAAUGGAGGUUAGAUGUACAGCUUGCAAGCAGAAGCUUAAGGCAGCAGAUUAAGCCUUUGGUGACUCUGAAGCUGCACCUCAGCGAGGACGGGGACCAGACUGCCCAAGUGCUGCAAACGGACCCUUCAACCCUCCUUCACCUGAUUCGGCAGCUGGAACAAGCCCUGGGGGAGAUGAAGAGCAACCACUGCAGGAGAAUAGUGCGCAACAUGAAGUAGCUCUGAUCCAUGCUGCUGUCUCGAGGUCCUUYAUGAAACAACGUUCACUUACAUUUUGAGGAAAAUAAAUGCCUGAAUCACAUGAAAAACUUUCCUAUGCCAGAAUUUUGACCUUGUAAUUAUGAGCUGAACGUCUUCUAACUUUAGACAGCUGCUAACUUUACACAGCUGCCUGAUAUGAUAGGUAGGUAGUGUUACUUUACCUGUACAUACAGUUCAGCAUGCAAUAUUUAGUGUUUCUUUAGCUCUAAAUGAGUAUACUUAAAGAACUUUCCUCUAUUAAGUAGAGCUGCUUCAAUAUUGUAUAAAGCCACACGUGUAUUAUGUUUAUCAAGCAGAUUUUUGUCUUGGUUCUGUUUGAAAUAAAAUAAUCAUGAAGCAGACAGGAAGGGUCCUUUCCCUUCGCCCGGUGCUGUCCAUCUCAAGGCUGCGCCGCCCUGUGGCCCUGCCAUCCCCAUCGUCUUGUGGCGGUUCUGCCGUGGCACGGGAAAGUUCUUCCCAUGCCAGUGCUCUCAUCAACGUUUUAGGAGAGCUCAACUCUUUUUAGAUACCACUUGACCAUCUAACAAGGGUAUCUGCAUUAAUGAAGGUUUGUCCACUGCCUACUGCACUUGAAUGGUGUCUAAGAAGAUACGGGCUACUACUUAUUUGUUAUUUUGGGAAGGAAUUGAAAGGGCUGUGUGGGGAGGACCGUUGUGUUAUGGAGUUUUCUAGGGAAUCAUGCUGCAGGUCCCUUGAUGAUCUGCUGUUGUCUAAAAUAAAUGGGGAGGAGGAACCAUAUGCGAGUUAUGUCUCAGUUUUGGUGGAAUGAUUACAUGUGGUUGUCAUCUGUUGUUUUUUCUCUUCCGUUACAUGGUAGUUAAAUGUGAUCAAAUGUUUCUGCUUCACACGUCUGAUGUGGGUUUUUUUCAUGUAAUUGGUUUAUAUUUUUAUAUUUACUUUUACAUGUAUUUGUAUUUCACUUCUAAGUGAAAUACAAGAAUAGCCUCUACAUAGGCUGGCCAGUGCUUUCUCUUUACUCCAUACCACUCUCUUUUGUAUAGCAAUAGUCCAGAACUCACAGCACCAAAUACAAGGGGUUCUGAAUCCUAGAUUUUCAUAACUCAUCUCCCUAAUGCCCUGUGAAUCUGAGCAUGUUUACCUAUUUCUUCAAUGUUUUGUGAAAAGGGUUUCCAAAGUUAGCUGGCAUCAUGGCAAACACUGUUCGCUUCCCUGAGUGUAGUGCCCCAAAUGCCAUUACUGCCAUUGACGUAACUGCAGCUUGGAAUUACCCAUCUUGCAAUCACUCCAUUUGUAUAAAAUGCUCUUUUGUCAUGCAACUGAAGCUUAAGAGUCUGAAAACACAUCUUCUCCUUCAGCACCCUAUAAAUAGUGCUAAAAUAAGAGUUCUCAUAUGGAUCUAGAUUUUUCAUUUUGAAUGUAAACUAUACAAAUGAAAAGUGACAUCUAAAGUUACAAUAGACAGCUCGUUUUCUCUCACGAUUUUGCUACUGCUUUAUAGAAAUCACUAGAGUAUGUGACAUUAUUAUACCACAAUUUUAAUAGUUUAUAAAUAUUAAUCUACCUUUUUUGUUUAAUAAACCUUAUUUGCUCUUCCAGUUAGUGAUUAAAAGCAAAGUUUUAUUUGAGGUUGCGACUCUCUUUUUUGCAAGUCUGCAAGAAGGGAGUCUUGCUUUUAUAAAAGGAAAAAACGUGUCAACUUACCUCUUAAGAAAUGAGUUUUUAUUUUAAAGUGACUCAUCAGAUUUGCUCUGCUGACAGUGGCAUUAUUUACAUGAACAUGGGAAAUAACUGUUAAUAACUUCUGGAAAGUAUAGGGUGCUUUUGCACUGGACUGGACUGACAUAUGCAAUGUGCCUAGAUAAAGUGGCUUUGCUGUGUAACCAUGAUAUGGAAUAGAUGACCUCUCAGUGCCUCUCUCAGCUUUAUUUUCCA